AUGUUCCGAUAUCUUCUCUGUGUUUUGUUUUCAGCUGUGUCCAUCAUUUUAACUGGAUCUGGAUCGACUCGAUGUUCUGGAAGAGUUGAAGUUUAUCACAAUAACAGCUGGGGAACAGUCUGUGAUGAUGGCUGGGACUUAAAUGAUGCUCAGGUGGUUUGCAGACAGUUAAACUGUGGGUCGGCACUGGAAGUUCCUCAAUCAGCUCACUUUGGUGCAGGAACUGGACAGAUCUGGCUUGACAAUGUGACCUGUUCAGGAAAUGAAAGUUCUCUAACUGAGUGUCAACACAGUGGAUUUGGAUCAAACAGAUGUGAACAUGGUCAGGAUGCUGCUGUCAUCUGUUCAGAUCUGAUUAGAUUAGCUGGUUCUGGAUCAUCUCGAUGCUCUGGCAGAGUUGAAGUUUAUCAUGAUAAUGUCUGGGGAACAGUCUCUGAUUAUAGCUGGGACUUAAAUGAUGCUGAGGUGGUUUGCAGAGAGAUAAACUGUGGGUCUGCACUAGAAGCUACUCCAUCAUCUAAAUUUGGUGCAGGAACUGGACAGGUCUGGCUCAGUGGUGUGAGCUGUUCAGGAAAUGAAAGUUCUCUAACUGAAUGUCAACACACUGGAUGGGGAAAGUACUACAACUACUACUACAGUUUACAUUCUGAUGAUGUUGGUGUCAUGUGUUCAGGUGUGAUCAGAUUAACUGGAUCUGGAUCGACUCGAUGUUCUGGUAGAGUUGAAGUUUAUCACAAUAACAGCUGGGGAACAGUCUGUGAUGAUGGCUGGGACUUAAAUGAUGCUGAGGUGGUUUGCAGACAGAUAAACUGUGGGUCGGCACUGGAAGUUCCUCAAUCAGCUCACUUUGGUGCAGGAACUGGACAGAUUUGGCUUGACAAUGUGACCUGUUCAGGAAAUGAAAGUUCUCUAACUGAGUGUCAACACAGUGGAUUUGGAUCAAACACAUGUGAACAUGGUCAGGAUGCUGCUGUCAUCUGUUCAGAUCUGAUCAGGUUGGCUGGUUCUGGAUCGAGCCGAUGUUCUGGCAGAGUUGAAAUCUUUCACAAUAACGUCUGGGGAACAGUCUCUGAUUAUAACUGGGACCUAAAUGAUGCUGAGGUGGUUUGCAGACAGUUAAACUGUGGGUCUGCACUACAAGCUCCUCGAACAGCUUACUUUGGUGCAGGAACUGGACAGAUUUGGCUCAGUGGUGUGAGCUGUUCAGGAAAUGAAAGUUCUCUAACUGAAUGUCAACACUCUGGAUGGGGAAACUCCUACUACUACUACUACUACUACUACUACUAUAGACAUUAUUAUGAUGCUGGUGUCAUCUGUUCAGGUCCAAUCAGAUUAACUGGAUCUGGAUCAAGUCAAUGUUCUGGAAGAGUUGAAGUUUAUCACAGUAACAGCUGGGGAACCGUCUGUGAUGAUGGCUGGGACUUAAAUGAUGCUGAGGUGGUUUGCAGACAGUUAAACUGUGGGUCGGCACUGGAAGUUCCUCAAUCAGCUCACUUUGGUGCAGGAACUGGACAGAUCUGGCUUGACAAUGUGACCUGUUCAGGAAAUGAAAGUUCUCUAACUGAGUGUCAACACAGUGGAUUUGGAUCAAACACAUGUGAACAUGGUCAGGAUGCUGCUGUCAUCUGUUCAGCUGUGUCCAUCAUUUUAACUGGAUCUGAAUCAACUCGAUGUUCUGGAAGAGUUGAAGUUUAUCACAACAACAUCUGGGGAACAGUCUGUAAAGAUGGCUGGGGUUUAAAUGAUGCUCAGGUGGUUUGCAGACAGUUAAACUGUGGGACGGCACUGGAAGUUCCUCAAUCAGCUCACUUUGGUGCAGGAACUGGACAGAUCUGGCUUGAUCAUGUGACCUGUUCAGGAAGUGAAAGUUCUCUAACUGAGUGUCAACACAGUGGAUUUGGAUCAAACAGAUGUGAACAUGGUCAGGAUGCUGCUGUCAUCUGUUCAGAUCUGAUUAGAUUAGCUGGUUCUGGAUCGAGCCGAUGUUCUGGUAGAGUUGAAAUCUUUCACAGUAACGUCUGGGGAACAGUCUCUGAUUAUAACUGGGACUUAAAUGAUGCUGAGGUGGUUUGCAGACAGUUAAACUGUGGGACUGCACUAGAAGCUACUCCAUCAUCUAAAUUUGGUGCAGGAACUGGACAGGUCUGGCUCAGUGGUGUAAGCUGUUCAGGAAAUGAAAGUUCUGUAACUGAAUGUCAACACACUGGAUGGGGAAACUACUACAACUACUACUACAGUUUACAUUCUUAUGAUGUUGGUGUUAUCUGUUCAGGUGUGAUCAGAUUAAAUGGAUCUGGAUCGACUCGAUGUUCUGGCAGAGUUGAAGUUUAUUACAAUAACAGCUGGGGAACGGUCUGUGAUGGUGGCUGGGACUUAAAUGAUGCUGAGGUGGUUUGCAGACAGCUAGACUGUGGGUCGGCACUGGAAGUUCCUCAAUCAGCUCACUUUGGUGCAGGAACUGGACAGAUUUGGCUCGGUGAUGUGACCUGUUCAGGAAGUGAAAGUUCUCUAACUGAGUGUCAGCACAGUGGAUUUGGAUCAAACAGAUGUGAACAUGGUCAGGAUGCUGCUGUCAUCUGUUCAGAUCUGAUCAGGUUGGCUGGAUUUGGAUCGAGCCGAUGUUCUGGCAGAGUUGAAAUCUUUCACAAUAACAUCUGGGGAACAGUCUCUGAUUACAACUGGGACCUAAAUGAUGCUGAGGUGGUUUGUAGACAGAUAAACUGUGGGUCUGCACUACAAGCUCCUCGAUCAGCUUACUUUGGUGCAGGAACUGGACAGAUUUGGCUCAGUGGUGUGAGCUGUUCAGGAAACGAGAGUUCUCUAACGGAGUGUCCAAACUUUGGAUGGGGAAACUACUACAAUGGACAUUAUUCUGAUGCUGGUGUCAUCUGUUCAGGUCCAAUCAGAUUAACUGGAUCUGGAUCAAGUCAAUGUUCUGGAAGAGUUGAAGUUUAUCACAAUAACAGCUGGGGAACAGUCUGUGAUGAUGGCUGGGACUUAAAUGAUGCUCAGGUGGUUUGCAGACAGUUAAACUGUGGGUCGGCACUGGAAGUUCCUCAAUCAGCUCACUUUGGUGCAGGAACUGGACAGAUCUGGCUUGACAAUGUGACCUGUUCAGGAAAUGAAAGUUCUCUAACUGAGUGUCAACACAGUGGAUUUGGAUCAAACACAUGUGAACAUGGUCAGGAUGCUGCUGUCAUCUGUUCAGGUAUUUCUCCAAGUCCAACAAACCCUCCUGAGCCAGUGAAGUUUAUUAUAGACUUGAACUUGCUCUUCCCAAUAUCCAGUCUGCCCCCAAAUUUCAUUGAUCUAUUCAGAGGCUAUGUGAGAAAUGUGUCCUUCCCCCAAACCAUCACUGAGUCUUUAAUACUAGAAGACUUGAACUUCACCACAUGGUGCUAUCCAAACUCCACUGGAGGACAGCAGUGUCAAUGUGAGGACCAGUUUGCCUGGUCAUGUGACAAGUGUGGCCGAUACGGUGCAUGCAGUAAUGUCACCUCCCAAACCUGUGAAUGCAUCAAAGGACUUCCUUCUACUGGAGAGUUCUGUGAACCAAUCACAGAUAUUGCUCCAUGUCCACCAUCAACUCCUGCCACAACACCAUCAACACCAUCAACAACAUCACCUACACCAACACACACACCAAUGGACUUUGAUAUAGUCCUUGAAUUACACAUCCCAGCAUCCAGUGUGGCCCCAGAUUUCAGUGAUGUACUCAGACACAUUGUGAGAAAUGUCUCCCUAAACCAAAUCAUCACUGAGUCUUUAACACUGAAAAACCUGACCUUCACCACAUGGUGCUAUCCAAACUCCACUGGAGGGCAGCAGUGUCAGUGUGAGGACCAGUUUGCUUGGUCAUGUGACAAGUGUGGCCGUUACGGUGCCUGUAGUGAUGUCAUCUCCCCAAUAUGUGGGUGCAUAAAAGGACUUCCUUCUACUGGAGAGUUCUGUGAGCCAAUCACAGAUGUUUCUUCAUGUCCAACAACAACUCCUGUCAUAACACCAUCAACGACAUUAACUACAGCAACAACCGAGCCAGUGGAGUUUUAUAUAGACUUGAACUUGCUCUUCCCAAUAUCCAGUCUGCCCCCAAAUUUCAUUGAUCUAUUCAGAGGCUAUGUGAGAAAUGUGUCCUUCCCCCAAAACAUCACUGGGUCUUUAAUAAUAGAAGACUUGAACUUCACCACAUGGUGCUAUCCAAACUCCACUGGAGGACAGCAGUGUCAGUGUGAGGACCAGUUUGCCUGGUCAUGUGAGAAGUGUGGCCAAUACGGUGCAUGCAGUAAUGUCACCUCGCACACCUGUGAAUGCAUCAAAGAGCUUCCUCCUGGUGGAGAGUUCUGUGAGCCAAUCUCAAAUAUUUCUCCAUGUCCAACAACAACUCCAGGUAUGUGA